AUGUGUGGGACACAACACAGCACAGCACAGCAGGGCGCAAAGCUCGCAAGUAUGAAUAUGUACGUGCUGGUGCAGUGGGACACACAGACAGAGCACAUGCUUGGAAGUGCAGUGCACAUGCACGGUGGGCAGGAAGGGAGGCCGCGGUCAGCAUGGCGUGCAGGGCAAGGCAAGCACGGCGCAAACGUCACUCAAUUCAUGUCAGCGUUACCAAUUCAUGUCAGCGUUACCAAUUCAUGUCAGCGUUACCAAUUCAUGUCAGCGUUACCAAUUCAUGUCAGCGUUACCGAUUCAUGUCAGCGUUACCGAUUCAUGUCAGCGUUACCCACUCAUGUCAGCGUUACCAACUCAUGUCAGCGUUACCAACUCAUGUCAGCGUUACCAACUCAUGUCAGCGUUACCAAUUCAUGUCAGCGUUACCAAUUCAUGUCAGCGUUACCAAUUCAUGUCAGCGUUACCAAUUCAUGUCAGCGUUACCAAUUCAUGUCAGCGUUACCAAUUCAUGUCAGCGUUACCAAUUCAUGUCAGCGUUACCAAUUCAUGUCAGCGUUACCAAUUCAUGUCAGCGUUACCAAUUCAUGUCAGCGUUACCAAUUCAUGUCAGCGUUACCAAUUCAUGUCAGCGUUACCAAUUCAUGUCAGCGUUACCAAUUCAUGUCAGCGUUACCAAUUCAUGUCAGCGUUACCAAUUCAUGUCAGCGUUACCAAUUCAUGUCAGCGUUACCAAUUCAUGUCAGCGUUACCAAUUCAUGUCAGCGUUACCAAUUCAUGUCAGCGUUACCAAUUCAUGUCAGCGUUACCAAUUCAUGUCAGCGUUACCAAUUCAUGUCAGCGUUACCAAUUCAUGUCAGCGUUACCAAUUCAUGUCAGCGUUACCAAUUCAUGUCGGCGUUACCAAUUCAUGUCGGCGUUACCAAUUCAUGUCGGCGUUACCAAUUCAUGUCGGCGUUACCAAUUCAUGUCGGCGUUACCAAUUCAUGUCGGCGUUACCAAUUCAUGUCGGCGUUACCAAUUCAUGUCAGCGUUACCAAUUCAUGUCAGCGUUACCAAUUCAUGUCAGCGUUACCAAUUCAUGUCAGCGUUACCAAUUCAUGUCAGCGUUACCAAUUCAUGUCAGCGUUACCAAUUCAUGUCAGCGUUACCAAUUCAUGUCAGCGUUACCAAUUCAUGUCAGCGUUACCAAUUCAUGUCAGCGUUACCAAUUCAUGUCAGCGUUACCAAUUCAUGUCAGCGUUACCAAUUCAUGUCAGCGUUACCAAUUCAUGUCAGCGUUACCAAUUCAUGUCAGCGUUACCAAUUCAUGUCAGCGUUACCAAUUCAUGUCAGCGUUACCAAUUCAUGUCAGCGUUACCAAUUCAUGUCAGCGUUACCAAUUCAUGUCAGCGUUACCAAUUCAUGUCAGCGUUACCAAUUCAUGUCAGCGUUACCAAUUCAUGUCAGCGUUACCAAUUCAUGUCAGCGUUACCAAUUCAUGUCAGCGUUACCAAUUCAUGUCAGCGUUACCAAUUCAUGUCAGCGUUACCAAUUCAUGUCAGCGUUACCAAUUCAUGUCAGCGUUACCAAUUCAUGUCAGCGUUACCAAUUCAUGUCAGCGUUACCAAUUCAUGUCAGCGUUACCAAUUCAUGUCAGCGUUACCAAUUCAUGUCAGCGUUACCAAUUCAUGUCAGCGUUACCAAUUCAUGUCAGCGUUACCAAUUCAUGUCGGCGUUACCAAUUCAUGUCGGCGUUACCAAUUCAUGUCGGCGUUACCAAUUCAUGUCGGCGUUACCAAUUCAUGUCGGCGUUACCAAUUCAUGUCGGCGUUACCAAUUCAUGUCGGCGUUACCAAUUCAUGUCGGCGUUACCAAUUCAUGUCGGCGUUACCAAUUCAUGUCGGCGUUACCAAUUCAUGUCGGCGUUACCAAUUCAUGUCGGCGUUACCAAUUCAUGUCGGCGUUACCAAUUCAUGUCGGCGUUACCAAUUCAUGUCGGCGUUACCAAUUCAUGUCGGCGUUACCAAUUCAUGUCAGCGUUACCAAUUCAUGUCAGCGUUACCAAUUCAUGUCAGCGUUACCAAUUCAUGUCAGCGUUACCAAUUCAUGUCAGCGUUACCAAUUCAUGUCAGCGUUACCAAUUCAUGUCAGCGUUACCAAUUCAUGUCAGCGUUACCAAUUCAUGUCAGCGUUACCAAUUCAUGUCAGCGUUACCAAUUCAUGUCAGCGUUACCAAUUCAUGUCAGCGUUACCAAUUCAUGUCAGCGUUACCAAUUCAUGUCAGCGUUACCAAUUCAUGUCAGCGUUACCAAUUCAUGUCAGCGUUACCAAUUCAUGUCAGCGUUACCAAUUCAUGUCAGCGUUACCAAUUCAUGUCAGCGUUACCAAUUCAUGUCAGCGUUACCAAUUCAUGUCAGCGUUACCAAUUCAUGUCAGCGUUACCAAUUCAUGUCAGCGUUACCAAUUCAUGUCAGCGUUACCAAUUCAUGUCAGCGUUACCAAUUCAUGUCAGCGUUACCAAUUCAUGUCAGCGUUACCAAUUCAUGUCAGCGUUACCAAUUCAUGUCAGCGUUACCAAUUCAUGUCAGCGUUACCAAUUCAUGUCAGCGUUACCAAUUCAUGUCAGCGUUACCAAUUCAUGUCAGCGUUACCAAUUCAUGUCAGCGUUACCAAUUCAUGUCGGCGUUACCAAUUCAUGUCGGCGUUACCAAUUCAUGUCGGCGUUACCAAUUCAUGUCAGCGUUACCAAUUCAUGUCAGCGUUACCAAUUCAUGUCAGCGUUACCAAUUCAUGUCAGCGUUACCAAUUCAUGUCAGCGUUACCAAUUCAUGUCAGCGUUACCAAUUCAUGUCAGCGUUACCAAUUCAUGUCAGCGUUACCAAUUCAUGUCAGCGUUACCAAUUCAUGUCAGCGUUACCAAUUCAUGUCAGCGUUACCAAUUCAUGUCAGCGUUACCAAUUCAUGUCAGCGUUACCAAUUCAUGUCAGCGUUACCAAUUCAUGUCAGCGUUACCAAUUCAUGUCAGCGUUACCAAUUCAUGUCAGCGUUACCAAUUCAUGUCAGCGUUACCAAUUCAUGUCAGCGUUACCAAUUCAUGUCAGCGUUACCAAUUCAUGUCAGCGUUACCAAUUCAUGUCAGCGUUACCAAUUCAUGUCAGCGUUACCAAUUCAUGUCAGCGUUACCAAUUCAUGUCAGCGUUACCAAUUCAUGUCAGCGUUACCAAUUCAUGUCAGCGUUACCAAUUCAUGUCAGCGUUACCAAUUCAUGUCAGCGUUACCAAUUCAUGUCAGCGUUACCAAUUCAUGUCAGCGUUACCAAUUCAUGUCAGCGUUACCAAUUCAUGUCAGCGUUACCAAUUCAUGUCAGCGUUACCAAUUCAUGUCAGCGUUACCAAUUCAUGUCAGCGUUACCAAUUCAUGUCAGCGUUACCAAUUCAUGUCAGCGUUACCAAUUCAUGUCAGCGUUACCAAUUCAUGUCAGCGUUACCAAUUCAUGUCAGCGUUACCAAUUCAUGUCAGCGUUACCAAUUCAUGUCAGCGUUACCAAUUCAUGUCGGCGUUACCAAUUCAUGUCGGCGUUACCAAUUCAUGUCGGCGUUACCAAUUCAUGUCGGCGUUACCAAUUCAUGUCGGCGUUACCAAUUCAUGUCGGCGUUACCAAUUCAUGUCGGCGUUACCAAUUCAUGUCAGCGUUACCAAUUCAUGUCAGCGUUACCAAUUCAUGUCAGCGUUACCAAUUCAUGUCAGCGUUACCAAUUCAUGUCAGCGUUACCAAUUCAUGUCAGCGUUACCAAUUCAUGUCAGCGUUACCAAUUCAUGUCAGCGUUACCAAUUCAUGUCAGCGUUACCAAUUCAUGUCAGCGUUACCAAUUCAUGUCAGCGUUACCAAUUCAUGUCAGCGUUACCAAUUCAUGUCAGCGUUACCAAUUCAUGUCAGCGUUACCAAUUCAUGUCAGCGUUACCAAUUCAUGUCAGCGUUACCAAUUCAUGUCAGCGUUACCAAUUCAUGUCAGCGUUACCAAUUCAUGUCAGCGUUACCAAUUCAUGUCAGCGUUACCAAUUCAUGUCAGCGUUACCAAUUCAUGUCAGCGUUACCAAUUCAUGUCAGCGUUACCAAUUCAUGUCAGCGUUACCAAUUCAUGUCAGCGUUACCAAUUCAUGUCAGCGUUACCAAUUCAUGUCAGCGUUACCAAUUCAUGUCAGCGUUACCAAUUCAUGUCAGCGUUACCAAUUCAUGUCAGCGUUACCAAUUCAUGUCAGCGUUACCAAUUCAUGUCAGCGUUACCAAUUCAUGUCAGCGUUACCAAUUCAUGUCAGCGUUACCAAUUCAUGUCAGCGUUACCAAUUCAUGUCAGCGUUACCAAUUCAUGUCAGCGUUACCAAUUCAUGUCGGCGUUACCAAUUCAUGUCGGCGUUACCAAUUCAUGUCGGCGUUACCAAUUCAUGUCGGCGUUACCAAUUCAUGUCGGCGUUACCAAUUCAUGUCGGCGUUACCAAUUCAUGUCGGCGUUACCAAUUCAUGUCGGCGUUACCAAUUCAUGUCGGCGUUACCAAUUCAUGUCGGCGUUACCAAUUCAUGUCGGCGUUACCAAUUCAUGUCGGCGUUACCAAUUCAUGUCGGCGUUACCAAUUCAUGUCGGCGUUACCAAUUCAUGUCGGCGUUACCAAUUCAUGUCAGCGUUACCAAUUCAUGUCAGCGUUACCAAUUCAUGUCAGCGUUACCAAUUCAUGUCAGCGUUACCAAUUCAUGUCAGCGUUACCAAUUCAUGUCAGCGUUACCAAUUCAUGUCAGCGUUACCAAUUCAUGUCAGCGUUACCAAUUCAUGUCAGCGUUACCAAUUCAUGUCAGCGUUACCAAUUCAUGUCAGCGUUACCAAUUCAUGUCAGCGUUACCAAUUCAUGUCGGCGUUACCAAUUCAUGUCGGCGUUACCAAUUCAUGUCAGCGUUACCAAUUCAUGUCAGCGUUACCAAUUCAUGUCAGCGUUACCAAUUCAUGUCAGCGUUACCAAUUCAUGUCAGCGUUACCAAUUCAUGUCAGCGUUACCAAUUCAUGUCAGCGUUACCAAUUCAUGUCAGCGUUACCAAUUCAUGUCAGCGUUACCAAUUCAUGUCAGCGUUACCAAUUCAUGUCAGCGUUACCAAUUCAUGUCAGCGUUACCAAUUCAUGUCAGCGUUACCAAUUCAUGUCAGCGUUACCAAUUCAUGUCAGCGUUACCAAUUCAUGUCAGCGUUACCAAUUCAUGUCAGCGUUACCAAUUCAUGUCAGCGUUACCAAUUCAUGUCAGCGUUACCAAUUCAUGUCAGCGUUACCAAUUCAUGUCAGCGUUACCAAUUCAUGUCAGCGUUACCAAUUCAUGUCAGCGUUACCAAUUCAUGUCAGCGUUACCAAUUCAUGUCAGCGUUACCAAUUCAUGUCAGCGUUACCAAUUCAUGUCAGCGUUACCAAUUCAUGUCAGCGUUACCAAUUCAUGUCAGCGUUACCAAUUCAUGUCAGCGUUACCAAUUCAUGUCAGCGUUACCAAUUCAUGUCAGCGUUACCAAUUCAUGUCAGCGUUACCAAUUCAUGUCAGCGUUACCAAUUCAUGUCAGCGUUACCAAUUCAUGUCAGCGUUACCAAUUCAUGUCAGCGUUACCAAUUCAUGUCAGCGUUACCAAUUCAUGUCAGCGUUACCAAUUCAUGUCAGCGUUACCAAUUCAUGUCAGCGUUACCAAUUCAUGUCAGCGUUACCAAUUCAUGUCAGCGUUACCAAUUCAUGUCAGCGUUACCAAUUCAUGUCAGCGUUACCAAUUCAUGUCAGCGUUACCAAUUCAUGUCAGCGUUACCAAUUCAUGUCAGCGUUACCAAUUCAUGUCAGCGUUACCAAUUCAUGUCGGCGUUACCAAUUCAUGUCGGCGUUACCAAUUCAUGUCGGCGUUACCAAUUCAUGUCGGCGUUACCAAUUCAUGUCGGCGUUACCAAUUCAUGUCGGCGUUACCAAUUCAUGUCAGCGUUACCAAUUCAUGUCAGCGUUACCAAUUCAUGUCGGCGUUACCAAUUCAUGUCAGCGUUACCAAUUCAUGUCAGCGUUACCAAUUCAUGUCAGCGUUACCAAUUCAUGUCAGCGUUACCAAUUCAUGUCAGCGUUACCAAUUCAUGUCAGCGUUACCAAUUCAUGUCAGCGUUACCAAUUCAUGUCAGCGUUACCAAUUCAUGUCAGCGUUACCAAUUCAUGUCAGCGUUACCAAUUCAUGUCAGCGUUACCAAUUCAUGUCGGCGUUACCAAUUCAUGUCGGCGUUACCAAUUCAUGUCGGCGUUACCAAUUCAUGUCAGCGUUACCAAUUCAUGUCAGCGUUACCAAUUCAUGUCAGCGUUACCAAUUCAUGUCAGCGUUACCAAUUCAUGUCAGCGUUACCAAUUCAUGUCAGCGUUACCAAUUCAUGUCAGCGUUACCAAUUCAUGUCAGCGUUACCAAUUCAUGUCAGCGUUACCAAUUCAUGUCAGCGUUACCAAUUCAUGUCAGCGUUACCAAUUCAUGUCAGCGUUACCAAUUCAUGUCAGCGUUACCAAUUCAUGUCAGCGUUACCAAUUCAUGUCAGCGUUACCAAUUCAUGUCAGCGUUACCAAUUCAUGUCAGCGUUACCAAUUCAUGUCAGCGUUACCAAUUCAUGUCAGCGUUACCAAUUCAUGUCAGCGUUACCAAUUCAUGUCAGCGUUACCAAUUCAUGUCAGCGUUACCAAUUCAUGUCAGCGUUACCAAUUCAUGUCAGCGUUACCAAUUCAUGUCAGCGUUACCAAUUCAUGUCAGCGUUACCAAUUCAUGUCAGCGUUACCAAUUCAUGUCAGCGUUACCAAUUCAUGUCAGCGUUACCAAUUCAUGUCAGCGUUACCAAUUCAUGUCAGCGUUACCAAUUCAUGUCAGCGUUACCAAUUCAUGUCAGCGUUACCAAUUCAUGUCAGCGUUACCAAUUCAUGUCAGCGUUACCAAUUCAUGUCAGCGUUACCAAUUCAUGUCAGCGUUACCAAUUCAUGUCAGCGUUACCAAUUCAUGUCAGCGUUACCAAUUCAUGUCAGCGUUACCAAUUCAUGUCAGCGUUACCAAUUCAUGUCAGCGUUACCAAUUCAUGUCAGCGUUACCAAUUCAUGUCAGCGUUACCAAUUCAUGUCAGCGUUACCAAUUCAUGUCAGCGUUACCAAUUCAUGUCAGCGUUACCAAUUCAUGUCAGCGUUACCAAUUCAUGUCAGCGUUACCAAUUCAUGUCAGCGUUACCAAUUCAUGUCAGCGUUACCAAUUCAUGUCAGCGUUACCAAUUCAUGUCAGCGUUACCAAUUCAUGUCAGCGUUACCAAUUCAUGUCAGCGUUACCAAUUCAUGUCAGCGUUACCAAUUCAUGUCGGCGUUACCAAUUCAUGUCGGCGUUACCAAUUCAAGUCCGCGUUACCAACUCAUGUCAGCGUUACCAAUUCAUGUCAGCGUUACCAAUUCAUGUCAGCGUUACCAAUUCAUGUCAGCGUUACCAAUUCAUGUCAGCGUUACCAAUUCAUGUCAGCGUUACCAAUUCAUGUCAGCGUUACCAAUUCAUGUCAGCGUUACCAAUUCAUGUCAGCGUUACCAAUUCAUGUCAGCGUUACCAAUUCAUGUCAGCGUUACCAAUUCAUGUCAGCGUUACCAAUUCAUGUCAGCGUUACCAAUUCAUGUCAGCGUUACCAAUUCAUGUCAGCGUUACCAAUUCAUGUCAGCGUUACCAAUUCAUGUCAGCGUUACCAAUUCAUGUCGGCGUUACCAAUUCAUGUCAGCGUUACCAAUUCAUGUCAGCGUUACCAAUUCAUGUCAGCGUUACCAAUUCAUGUCGGCGUUACCAAUUCAUGUCGGCGUUACCAAUUCAUGUCAGCGUUACCAAUUCAUGUCAGCGUUACCAAUUCAUGUCAGCGUUACCAAUUCAUGUCAGCGUUACCAAUUCAUGUCAGCGUUACCAAUUCAUGUCAGCGUUACCAAUUCAUGUCAGCGUUACCAAUUCAUGUCAGCGUUACCAAUUCAUGUCAGCGUUACCAAUUCAUGUCAGCGUUACCAAUUCAUGUCAGCGUUACCAAUUCAUGUCAGCGUUACCAAUUCAUGUCAGCGUUACCAAUUCAUGUCAGCGUUACCAAUUCAUGUCAGCGUUACCAAUUCAUGUCAGCGUUACCAAUUCAUGUCAGCGUUACCAAUUCAUGUCAGCGUUACCAAUUCAUGUCAGCGUUACCAAUUCAUGUCAGCGUUACCAAUUCAUGUCAGCGUUACCAAUUCAUGUCAGCGUUACCAAUUCAUGUCAGCGUUACCAAUUCAUGUCAGCGUUACCAAUUCAUGUCAGCGUUACCAAUUCAUGUCAGCGUUACCAAUUCAUGUCAGCGUUACCAAUUCAUGUCAGCGUUACCAAUUCAUGUCAGCGUUACCAAUUCAUGUCAGCGUUACCAAUUCAUGUCAGCGUUACCAAUUCAUGUCAGCGUUACCAAUUCAUGUCAGCGUUACCAAUUCAUGUCAGCGUUACCAAUUCAUGUCAGCGUUACCAAUUCAUGUCAGCGUUACCAAUUCAUGUCAGCGUUACCAAUUCAUGUCAGCGUUACCAAUUCAUGUCAGCGUUACCAAUUCAUGUCAGCGUUACCAAUUCAUGUCAGCGUUACCAAUUCAUGUCAGCGUUACCAAUUCAUGUCAGCGUUACCAAUUCAUGUCAGCGUUACCAAUUCAUGUCAGCGUUACCAAUUCAUGUCAGCGUUACCAAUUCAUGUCAGCGUUACCAAUUCAUGUCAGCGUUACCAAUUCAUGUCAGCGUUACCAAUUCAUGUCAGCGUUACCAAUUCAUGUCGGCGUUACCAAUUCAUGUCGGCGUUACCAAUUCAAGUCCGCGUUACCAACUCAUGUCAGCGUUACCAAUUCAUGUCAGCGUUACCAAUUCAUGUCAGCGUUACCAAUUCAUGUCAGCGUUACCAAUUCAUGUCAGCGUUACCAAUUCAUGUCAGCGUUACCAAUUCAUGUCAGCGUUACCAAUUCAUGUCAGCGUUACCAAUUCAUGUCAGCGUUACCAAUUCAUGUCAGCGUUACCAAUUCAUGUCAGCGUUACCAAUUCAUGUCAGCGUUACCAAUUCAUGUCAGCGUUACCAAUUCAUGUCAGCGUUACCAAUUCAUGUCAGCGUUACCAAUUCAUGUCAGCGUUACCAAUUCAUGUCAGCGUUACCAAUUCAUGUCAGCGUUACCAAUUCAUGUCAGCGUUACCAAUUCAUGUCAGCGUUACCAAUUCAUGUCAGCGUUACCAAUUCAUGUCAGCGUUACCAAUUCAUGUCAGCGUUACCAAUUCAUGUCAGCGUUACCAAUUCAUGUCAGCGUUACCAAUUCAUGUCAGCGUUACCAAUUCAUGUCAGCGUUACCAAUUCAUGUCAGCGUUACCAAUUCAUGUCAGCGUUACCAAUUCAUGUCAGCGUUACCAAUUCAUGUCAGCGUUACCAAUUCAUGUCAGCGUUACCAAUUCAUGUCAGCGUUACCAAUUCAUGUCAGCGUUACCAAUUCAUGUCAGCGUUACCAAUUCAUGUCAGCGUUACCAAUUCAUGUCAGCGUUACCAAUUCAUGUCAGCGUUACCAAUUCAUGUCAGCGUUACCAAUUCAUGUCAGCGUUACCAAUUCAUGUCAGCGUUACCAAUUCAUGUCAGCGUUACCAAUUCAUGUCAGCGUUACCAAUUCAUGUCAGCGUUACCAAUUCAUGUCAGCGUUACCAAUUCAUGUCAGCGUUACCAAUUCAUGUCAGCGUUACCAAUUCAUGUCAGCGUUACCAAUUCAUGUCAGCGUUACCAAUUCAUGUCAGCGUUACCAAUUCAUGUCAGCGUUACCAAUUCAUGUCAGCGUUACCAAUUCAUGUCAGCGUUACCAAUUCAUGUCAGCGUUACCAAUUCAUGUCAGCGUUACCAAUUCAUGUCAGCGUUACCAAUUCAUGUCAGCGUUACCAAUUCAUGUCAGCGUUACCAAUUCAUGUCAGCGUUACCAAUUCAUGUCAGCGUUACCAAUUCAUGUCAGCGUUACCAAUUCAUGUCAGCGUUACCAAUUCAUGUCAGCGUUACCAAUUCAUGUCAGCGUUACCAAUUCAUGUCAGCGUUACCAAUUCAUGUCAGCGUUACCAAUUCAUGUCAGCGUUACCAAUUCAUGUCAGCGUUACCAAUUCAUGUCAGCGUUACCAAUUCAUGUCAGCGUUACCAAUUCAUGUCAGCGUUACCAAUUCAUGUCAGCGUUACCAAUUCAUGUCAGCGUUACCAAUUCAUGUCAGCGUUACCAAUUCAUGUCAGCGUUACCAAUUCAUGUCAGCGUUACCAAUUCAUGUCAGCGUUACCAAUUCAUGUCGGCGUUACCAAUUCAUGUCGGCGUUACCAAUUCAAGUCCGCGUUACCAACUCAUGUCAGCGUUACCAAUUCAUGUCAGCGUUACCAAUUCAUGUCAGCGUUACCAAUUCAUGUCAGCGUUACCAAUUCAUGUCAGCGUUACCAAUUCAUGUCAGCGUUACCAAUUCAUGUCAGCGUUACCAAUUCAUGUCAGCGUUACCAAUUCAUGUCAGCGUUACCAAUUCAUGUCAGCGUUACCAAUUCAUGUCAGCGUUACCAAUUCAUGUCAGCGUUACCAAUUCAUGUCAGCGUUACCAAUUCAUGUCAGCGUUACCAAUUCAUGUCAGCGUUACCAAUUCAUGUCAGCGUUACCAAUUCAUGUCAGCGUUACCAAUUCAUGUCGGCGUUACCAAUUCAUGUCAGCGUUACCAAUUCAUGUCAGCGUUACCAAUUCAUGUCGGCGUUACCAAUUCAUGUCGGCGUUACCAAUUCAUGUCAGCGUUACCAAUUCAUGUCAGCGUUACCAAUUCAUGUCAGCGUUACCAAUUCAUGUCAGCGUUACCAAUUCAUGUCAGCGUUACCAAUUCAUGUCAGCGUUACCAAUUCAUGUCAGCGUUACCAAUUCAUGUCAGCGUUACCAAUUCAUGUCAGCGUUACCAAUUCAUGUCAGCGUUACCAAUUCAUGUCAGCGUUACCAAUUCAUGUCAGCGUUACCAAUUCAUGUCAGCGUUACCAAUUCAUGUCAGCGUUACCAAUUCAUGUCAGCGUUACCAAUUCAUGUCAGCGUUACCAAUUCAUGUCAGCGUUACCAAUUCAUGUCAGCGUUACCAAUUCAUGUCAGCGUUACCAAUUCAUGUCAGCGUUACCAAUUCAUGUCAGCGUUACCAAUUCAUGUCAGCGUUACCAAUUCAUGUCAGCGUUACCAAUUCAUGUCAGCGUUACCAAUUCAUGUCAGCGUUACCAAUUCAUGUCAGCGUUACCAAUUCAUGUCAGCGUUACCAAUUCAUGUCAGCGUUACCAAUUCAUGUCAGCGUUACCAAUUCAUGUCAGCGUUACCAAUUCAUGUCAGCGUUACCAAUUCAUGUCAGCGUUACCAAUUCAUGUCAGCGUUACCAAUUCAUGUCAGCGUUACCAAUUCAUGUCAGCGUUACCAAUUCAUGUCAGCGUUACCAAUUCAUGUCAGCGUUACCAAUUCAUGUCAGCGUUACCAAUUCAUGUCAGCGUUACCAAUUCAUGUCAGCGUUACCAAUUCAUGUCAGCGUUACCAAUUCAUGUCAGCGUUACCAAUUCAUGUCAGCGUUACCAAUUCAUGUCAGCGUUACCAAUUCAUGUCAGCGUUACCAAUUCAUGUCAGCGUUACCAAUUCAUGUCAGCGUUACCAAUUCAUGUCAGCGUUACCAAUUCAUGUCAGCGUUACCAAUUCAUGUCAGCGUUACCAAUUCAUGUCAGCGUUACCAAUUCAUGUCAGCGUUACCAAUUCAUGUCAGCGUUACCAAUUCAUGUCAGCGUUACCAAUUCAUGUCAGCGUUACCAAUUCAUGUCAGCGUUACCAAUUCAUGUCAGCGUUACCAAUUCAUGUCAGCGUUACCGAUUCAUGUCAGCGUUACCGAUUCAUGUCAGCGUUACCGAUUCAUGUCAGCGUUACCGAUUCAUGUCAGCGUUACCGAUUCAUGUCAGCGUUACCGAUUCAUGUCAGCGUUACCGAUUCAUGUCAGCGUUACCGAUUCAUGUCAGCGUUACCAAUUCAUGUCAGCGUUACCAAUUCAUGUCAGCGUUACCGAUUCAUGUCAGCGUUACCGAUUCAUGUCAGCGUUACCAAUUCAUGUCAGCGUUACCAAUUCAUGUCAGCGUUACCAAUUCAUGUCAGCGUUACCAAUUCAUGUCAGCGUUACCAAUUCAUGUCAGCGUUACCAAUUCAUGUCAGCGUUACCAAUUCAUGUCAGCGUUACCAAUUCAUGUCAGCGUUACCAAUUCAUGUCAGCGUUACCAAUUCAUGUCAGCGUUACCAAUUCAUGUCAGCGUUACCAAUUCAUGUCAGCGUUACCAAUUCAUGUCAGCGUUACCAAUUCAUGUCAGCGUUACCAAUUCAUGUCAGCGUUACCAAUUCAUGUCAGCGUUACCAAUUCAUGUCAGCGUUACCAAUUCAUGUCAGCGUUACCAAUUCAUGUCAGCGUUACCAAUUCAUGUCAGCGUUACCAAUUCAUGUCAGCGUUACCAAUUCAUGUCAGCGUUACCAAUUCAUGUCAGCGUUACCAAUUCAUGUCAGCGUUACCAAUUCAUGUCAGCGUUACCAAUUCAUCGUUACCAAUUCAUGUCAGCGUUACCAAUUCAUGUCAGCGUUACCAAUUCAUGUCAGCGUUACCAAUUCAUGUCAGCGUUACCAAUUCAUGUCAGCGUUACCAAUUCAUGUCAGCGUUACCAAUUCAUGUCAGCGUUACCAAUUCAUGUCAGCGUUACCAAUUCAUGUCAGCGUUACCAAUUCAUGUCAGCGUUACCGAUUCAUGUCAGCGUUACCGAUUCAUGUCAGCGUUACCGAUUCAUGUCAGCGUUACCGAUUCAUGUCAGCGUUACCGAUUCAUGUCAGCGUUACCGAUUCAUGUCAGCGUUACCGAUUCAUGUCAGCGUUACCGAUUCAUGUCAGCGUUACCAAUUCAUGUCAGCGUUACCAAUUCAUGUCAGCGUUACCAAUUCAUGCGGGCUGGCGGCAUAG